AUGAGUGCAGCCGGACGGGUCUGCAGCCCUGAAUCUUAUCGUGUGAAUCUCACCGCGUUUUUAUUUAUCGAUAAUUUUGCCGUUUUGAAUGGAAAUAGGUCCUUUGAGUUGGAGGAUAUGACGCAACAUCAAUCUACAGAGUCUGAUAUAGAUCAUGACUCUUCCACUACGGUUGUUAAUGACCCUGUAGUGUUGAGAAUCACAUCAUCAAUACAAAUCACCUUAUCUCAGUUACGUUACUUCACUUUUACUUUGGUGGGUAUAGCUUUAUUAUGGCCAUGGAAUUGUUUCUUAUCAGCAUCUGCUUAUUAUGGUGAAAGGUUUGCUAAUUCUACUUCAUUGAUCAAAAUCUAUUCCUCAACAAUGAUGUCAGUAUCAACCUUAACCUCCACCAUCUUCAACUACUAUUUAUCUCAGGUCCAAAAAGGUGUUAACUAUAAUUUAAGGUUAAAUUUUGGUUUAAUCUUGACAAUUAUUGUAUUUAUUAUAAUGGCAUUUUCAUGUGUUUCAUUCUUAUUCAUUAAAAUGAACGAUUUAGCAUUUUUCAUUGUACUUAUGUUUAUGGUAUUUAUUUCGUCCUUAGCUACUUGUUAUGCUCAAAAUGGUACUAUGGCUACAGUGAAUGUUUUGGGAGGUAUUUAUGCCAAUGCGGUGAUGGUAGGCCAAGCUAUUGCUGGGGUUUUACCUUCAGUAGCCUUAAUUAUCUCUAUAUUGUUAGUCGGCGAUAAAAUUAAAACCGAAGAUAAAAAGUAUGUUGAGAAAAACUAUGGAGUAUUUGUUUAUUACAUCACGGCUAGUUUAGUAUCCAUUACUUCUAUGGCAUCAUUAUACUUGAUAAAUACCCAGAAGGUUCAAAACCAAUAUAGAUUAAUCGAUGAAGUCAUGGAAGGGAGACUUUCAACUGAAUCUCAAGGUCCUUUAGUUGAUGAAGAAACACCAGUUCAAGAAACUCAUGUUCCAUUUGGUUUAUUAUGGAAGAAAUUGAAAUUAAUCGUAAUGACUAUCUUCUUCACCUUUGGUAUUACUUUAAUCUUCCCAGUAUUUGCUUCCACUGUAGAAUCAGUUCAUUUUGAUUCUCCUCAUAAAUUUUUCAAAAAAGACAUCUACAUCCCAUUUAUCUACCUAAUUUGGAACUUGGGAGACUUACUUGGAAGGAUCUUUUGUGGUACCCCUAAUUCUCGUUUACUAGUUAAAGAUCCCAAGAAAUUAAUUAUCUAUUCGUUAUCAAGAUUAAUAUUUAUUCCAUUAUUCUUAACUUGUAAUAUCCACCCGUACACUUCCUCAGGAUAUUCUAGUGCCUUGAUAAACUCCGAUUUAUGGUACAUUUUCUUACAAUUGGUAUUUGGCUUAACAAACGGGAUCUUAUCUACAUCAUCUUUCAUGGUAGUCCGAGACUUUUGUGAUUCUGAUGAAGAGAAGGAAGCCGCAGGAGGGUUCACCACGGUCUUUCUUAGUAUUGGUUUAGCUACAGGUAGUUUAUUCAGUUAUCUUUUAGUUUUACUAAUUAAUUAA